GCGGCGCGAACUGGUGUGGAAUGGGGAGGUGGUUUCCCGGACGUACGUGGAGUUCGCGAAGAUGGUAGAGACGUAUUUGCGGUACGUUCGUGUUUUUGAGCAAAACCGGAAAUUCCAGCUGAAUUGGGCGUUUUUGGCCGACGAAGUGUUGCAAUUCGAUUUGGAGUGGAAAAAUGUGGAACUAUCAGCGAUGGUUCAAGAAAAGGUGGACCGCGAAAAAAGGACGGACGAGGACAAGAAGAGACAUGCUGAACAACCUGACGAGGAAGUGGACUACUACCCGAAUGCGGGCGCUCUUCAUAGUGCGGACAGCUUUACAAAAAAAGGUCAUCAUCCAAAAAGAGCCAUGAUGCACCAACAGGGGACUACGAACAAAGUGUUGGUGUUCGAGUACGUGAAAGGCGACAAACGCCGGCUGAAUUGGAGGCCGAAGAGGGUGAGACAUGCGAUGAACGAGCUGGCGUUUAG